AUGGCUUCAGACAGUACACACAUCGCGCAGUUGACUUCUGAACUGUACUUCCUAAUAGCCCGAUUUCUAGAAGCUGGACCGUGUCAAAAAGCAGCCGAGACCCUGAUAAGGGAGGUGGAGGAGAAGGAGCUUCUACCCAAAAGACUGGACUGGACAGGGCAGGAACACCCCGGGACGUACGAAAAUUUGGUGAAGCUUUAUCGACACAUCAGCCCAGACCACCUGCUGCAGGUCUGCACCAGAGUUUGUCCACUGCUGGAGCGGGAGGUCGCCGCCAGUGUGCCCGGGCUCACCAGUCUGCUGGGGGCCGGCAGGCAGAAUCUCCUACGCACCAACAAAAGUUGCAAGCAUGUUGUGUGGAAGGGCUCAGCGCUGGCUGCUCUUCACUGUGGACGACCUCCGGAGCCGCCAAUUAUCUAUGGGAGCCCACCGAAUAUUGUGGAGACGAGCCACAGCCGCCGACUCAAUGGCUCCUACCGCCUGCGGCAGUUGGUGCCUACAGCCGUGUACCUGCACAUGAAGAUGCACAAGAGGAUCCUGGGACACCUGUCGUCUGUGUACUGUGUCACCUUUGACAGGACGGGGCGACGCAUCUUCACGGGUUCGGACGACUGCCUGGUGAAGAUCUGGGGAACAGAUGAUGGACGUCUGCUGGCGACGCUGCGCGGCCAUGCUGCUGAGAUCUCCGACAUGGCAGUGAGCUACGAGAACACGAUGAUCGCCGCUGGGUCCUGUGACAAAACCAUCCGAGUGUGGUGCUUACAGACCUGUGCCCCUUUGGCUGUCCUGGAGGGACAUGCUGCAUCCAUCACCUCGCUUCAGUUUUCACCCCUUUGUAGCGGCUCCAAGCGCUACCUAUCCUCCACUGGAGCUGAUGGUACCAUCUGCUUCUGGCAGUGGGAUGCACGCACUCUCAAGUUUGGUCAGAGGCCAAGCAAAUUCACAGAGCGCUCCAGACCUGGUGUCCAGAUGAUCUGUUCUUCUUUCAGUGCAGGUGGGAUGUUCCUGGCGACAGGCAGCACAGAUCAUAUCAUCAGGGUUUACUACUUUGGUUCAGGCCAACCGGAGAAGAUCUCUGAACUGGAGUCACACACGGACAAAGUUGACAGCAUCCAAUUUUCACAUUGCAGUGACAGGUUUGUGAGUGGCAGUAGGGAUGGUACAGCACGAAUCUGGCAGCUGCAGCCUCAGGGCUGGAGGAGCAUUCUGCUGGACAUGCAGACCAAAUUACCCGGGAAGUACAAUCCACCACCGCUUGAGGACAAAGUGACUAAGUUAAAAGUUACCAUGGUAGCGUGGGAUCGCCAUGACAGCACGGUGAUCACAGCAGCCAAUAAUCUUACACUGAAGGUGUGGAACUCCACGACUGGAAACCUGGUCCACGUUCUGAUGGGUCAUGAGGAUGAAGUGUUUGUUUUGGAGCCUCAUCCCUUCGAUCCAAGAAUCCUUUUCUCAGCGGGGCAUGAUGGGAAUUGCAUAGUAUGGGACCUGGCAAGAGGAGUCAAGAUCCGGUCUUAUUUUAACAUGAUCGAAGGCCAAGGGCACGGAGCGUUAUUUGACUGCAAAUGUAGUCCAGAUGGGCAACACUUUGCAGCCACAGACUCUCACGGACACCUGCUCAUCUUUGGCUUCGGCUCAAGCAGCAAAUACGACAAGAUAGCGGACCAAAUGUUCUUUCACACUGACUACCGACCACUGAUCCGGGACGCCAACAAUUAUGUGUUGGACGAGCAGACUCAGCAGGCACCACACCUCAUGCCCCCUCCAUUCCUGGUGGACGUAGACGGGAACCCCCACCCCCCGAGAUACCAGCGCCUGGUACCUGGGAGGGAGGGCUGCAGAGAUGAGCAGCUGAUCCCACAGAUGGGGGUCACAUCUUCAGGCCUGAACCAGGUGGUGAGUGAACAGGCUUUAGACGGACCCAGUCCUCUGGAUACGAUGAUCCAGAGGCUUCAGCAGGAGCAGGAUCAAAGACUGGGAACGAGUGACCCUUCUGCUUCUGCUGCUACGACUGCUAUGAACACCAGAGCCAGUAGAGGAUCGGUUGGUUCGCCCACAGAGGUUCAUUCGCCGCCUAACGUUGGUCUCCGUCGAAGUGGCCAGAUCGAGGGGGUCCGCCAGAUGCACAGCAACGCCCCACGAAGCCAGAUGGCGACAGAGGGAGACCUAGUGGCCUGGAGCCGCAGGGUGCUGGUCCCCGAGCUGGAGGACGCCUCUGUUAGACGACAGGUGAACUGGCGGGAGGCUAAAGGCGAGGAGGAGAUCAAUAUUUACCAGUCAGAACGGAGGAGACGCACCAUCCACUCUCUCCCCAAGGAGAGCAGGGUUCAUGCUACAUCUGAGGGUGCUGCGGACGAGGGGAGGCGGAGUCAGGGUAACCAUGGUUAUCAGACUCGUGCUGCCAUGGAGGAGACGAGUCGCCAGAGCGCUGAAGCUGCAGACGAGGAUGAGAGCACCUCUGAGGGGGAGGUGGAGGUACGGCAAAUCAACGGUCACUCCUCAGAGGAGGAGAAGGGAGAAGAGGAGCAAAAAGAGCCAUGGCCGGAUGACCACAGCAGCUCAAGUGAUUACUCCAGCGAUUAUUCAGACUGGACAGCGGAUGCAGGGAUCAACCUUGAGCCGCCCAAGAAGAGCGUGAAAGUGAAAAAGAAAAGCAGUGGCUCUGAAGAGGAUGGAGAGAAGAAGAGGGAUAGCAAGAAAGAGAGGAAGAAAGACAAAGCCGACAAAGACGGCACAUUACCAAAGAAGAAGAAGCCAAAGGAGAAAAGGAAGAGGACAGAGUUUCAGGAGCAAGGGCUAACUCUGGAGGAGUGGCUUCCCUCCUCCUGGAUCACAGAUACGGUACCCCGGAGAUGUCCUUACAUACCCCAGAUGGGAGACGAGGUAUACUACUUCAGACAGGGCCACGAAGCCUACGUGGAGAUGGCCAAGCAGAAGAAGAUUUACAGCAUCAAUCCUAAAAAGCAGCCCUGGCACAAGAUGGAGCUACGGGAGCAGGAGUUGAUGAAGAUAGUUGGGAUUAAGUAUGAAGUUGGAUUACCCACUCUGUGCUGUCUGAAGCUUUCUUUCCUGGAUCCUGACACCGGAAAACUGACAGGAGGAUCCUUCUCUAUGAAAUACCACGACAUGCCUGAUGUGAUCGACUUCUUGGUGUUGCGGCAGCAGUUUGACAACGCCAGGAGGAGGCAGUGGAGUAUAGGUGACAGAUUCCGGUCAGUGAUUGAUGACGCCUGGUGGUUUGGGACCAUAGAGAGUCAGGAGCCAUACCAGUCUCAGUAUCCUGACAGCCUGUUUCAGUGCUACAAUGUCUGCUGGGACAACGGAGACACGGAGAAGAUGAGUCCUUGGGAUAUGGAGCCCAUCCCUGAUGAUGCGACGUUCCCUGAGGAGUUGGGAAUGAGCGUACCGCUGUCAGAAGGCGAACAGAAGGAGCUGCUGUACGUUCCCUUGGAUGGAGAAUGGGGCUGUCGUACCCGAGCAGAGGAGUGUGAACGCAUCAUUAAAGCCAUCGACCAACUCUGCACACUCGAUGUGGCGGCACCGUUUGCCUUUCCGGUGGACCUACAGGCUUAUCCAACCUACUGCACAGUAGUGGCCUAUGGCACUGACCUCAGCACUAUACGCCAAAGGCUGGUCAACCACUUCUACAGACGACUGUCCUCUCUGAUGUGGGAGGUUCGUUACAUCGAACACAACGCCCAAACAUUCAACGAGCCUGGAUCAUUCAUCGUCACCACCGCUAAGUUCGUCUCUGACCUCAUGCUGCAAUUCAUUAAGGACCAAAGUCUGACAGACCUCAUGCCACUUUACAAAACUAUGAAGAAGGCGACCUUCUCUGACUCUGAAGAUUCAGAUGAUGAAGAAGAAGAUGAAGAUAGAAACACCCCCGGCACAUCCAAAACAAACCAUAAGGGUCGGCGACCAAUGCAGCGCCAACUGCGAACCCGACCUCCUUCGUAUGACCCUCAUGCGUGGAGGGGCCGUUGUAAGGAGCUGCUGGACCUUAUCUUUCAGUGUGAAGACUCAGAGCCCUUCAGAGAACCCGUGGACCUGCAGGAGUACCCGGACUAUCUGCAGAUAGUGGACUCACCCAUGGACUUUGGCACAGUUCUAAACACACUGACAGAGGGGAAGUACCAGUCUCCUAUUGAACUCUGCAAAGACGUCCGUCUCAUUUUCAGCAAUUCUAAAGCUUACACGCCGAGUAAGAAGUCCAGGAUCUACAGUAUGAGUCUGAGGCUCUCUGCGCUGUUUGAGGAACAUGUCAACUCCAUCCUGGCGGACUACAAAGCCAUCCACGGCCUGACAGGCAAACUGACCAAACAGGGCACAGACAGACAAACGCGACAUACUACGGACAGACAGACGCGGCACGCCAUGAAGAGAAGGAGGAGGAGAAGCGAAUCACCUUCAAGCAGCACUGCAUCAAGCCCAGACAGGAAGAGGCGUGUAUCCUCCAGGGUGACUGGGAAAAAGGAGCCGUCGCCCGCUCCUUCACGGCCGUCAUCUCUGAGACAGAACGUCCCGCCGAAACAGCCCCCCCAGCUGGUGAACGGAAAGGCGGACGCGCCGGCAGCAGGACGUACACGCAGCGCCGCGCGGCACUCCGCGCACUCGCCGCCUUCGUCUAACUCCUCGCAUAACACGACAAGCAACACACAGAGCGCAGCAGAGUCUACACGUUCAUUGAGGGCUCAUAAUUCUGUGUCCACUUCGACGCCGCCAGCCAAUGAAAAGGUGACUCCGCCCCCUGCUGCAGAAAGCAGCGGUGGAGGAAGCACACGACGGAAACUCCGGACUCCAGUACGACACACGCCAGGAUCUCCCGCCAGCCCCUCGUCUCAAAACACAGUCCACCUGAACGGCCACAGUAGUCACAUGACCCUCGGUGUGGGGAGGAGGAGCCGGAAGUCAAGAAUAGAGCCGCCGCUGAGUCCUUCAGAGGUCACGAGUCCAGCGAGUCCCUCCAAACCACGAGGCCGUCCACCCGGCAAAAAGAAAAGCAAGAAGAGCAAACAGGAGCAAGAGCAGGAGCCGGACGACGUGAAGAGGAGCGGCACCCGCAGGAGCUCCACCCCCGACGACGACCUCGACCAGUCCACCGGUGACGAGGGCGGGGCAUCCUCGGCACAGGAAACAGCUGUACUGUCAGACUCUGGUAUGGCUUCGACGCCCAAACGCCGCGGACGGCCCAGAGCUGCAAGAACUGACGAAGCCACGCCUCCUCCUCCGGCCGAGUCUCCUGAGCCGUCACCACUGAGGAGGAGCAGCAGGCGCGUCAUGGAGGAGGUCACACCCCCUCCUCAGCCCCCUGCGCCACAGAGACCCAAUCGGAAAGAGGCUCCGACAGAGGAGGGCGGCGAGGAGGCGGGAGGGUCGAUGCGCACGCGUAACCAGGGUCGGAGGUCGGCCUGGUACAUGGAGGAGGACUCAGAGGAGGAGCAGAGGCAGCUGCUGUUUGAGGACUCGUCAAUCACGUUCGGAACCUCCUCAAAGGGCCGGGUUCGGAAACUGACAGAAAAGGCCAAAGCCAACCUCAUAGGCUGGUAACAGACGUCAGAACAGACACGGUUCAGGCAGCCCACGGAGAUGAAAUCCAGCCGAGAUUUCUAAGCGAACGCAUCAGAGGAAGCCGACGUGAAUAAAGUCCCACCGGAGUGUAUGUGGAGGUAAACGGGGAUCCACUGUCGCCACGGCGCAGGAAUCAGUCCGCUCCACGGUCCUCUCGAUGCAGUAGACGCAUCACUACGGUAACCGGCUGUCUGACCAACCAGCGCAUGUUGGUUGUUUCCAACUCCUCCUACGUUUAUUGGUCCAUGUUGGACCCUGCAGGAGUUGGUCCACUGAUUAUUUUGGCCGCGGUCUUCGGGACCCGCUUCUGUCCAGUGAAUCACUCUUCAGCUCGUUCUGUCAGACUGGGCAAAAACACAAUUUCAGUACUUGAAAAAGUCAUGAGGAGAGCUGGGUUUAUCUUAUCUGACUCCUGCUAUUUUCAAGGACUUUUCUCUGCUAGGUAGGUCAAAGAUACCCGCUGAGCUGAGAUUGUUCAGAUAGUUUUCCUGCAGAGUCGACGUUAAGGUCUGUGACGGACUACGGACCGCCGGCCUGACAACAUGUUUCGCUCCCUCUGCUCUUUUUUAUACAACCCCCCCCCUUCCCCCUCCUUACCCUCUCCACCCUCCACCCUGAUGCUUUUUCUAAGAUUUGUACAUUACGAUUGGCUGUCUGUUUUUGGAAGUCUUACACAUUGGCUGACCUAAGCGUGUCUGUCUGCGCUAAAAUACCAAAUGGUGUACCUCAGUAGGUAGGUACUGUAGAUCUGUAGGCUUUGUUUACUAUUGAUGUGAGUGGGUGUGUGAGCGGGAGUGUGUUUUGCAUGAUAAUUAGAAAGAGGAAGCAUCUUUUUUUUUCUUUUUUUUUUUUUUUAAGCUGUUUUUACUGUGAGGAGGAGAAAACAAUGCAUGGGUGAAAGGGGUCAUUAUUAUGUUUUAGGUAGAUUUUUGUUUCAGUGCGUCCUCAUCAUUAGCAAUACCUUGUGCCUUUAUGUCUUCGGUGUGUGUGUGUGUGUGUGUGUGUGUGUGUGUGUGUGAGUAAGCGUGCUUGGCCUCUGCCCUGCAAAAGUACAUGUGCCUGUACGUGUUAUGCAUCGUGUCUGUGUGUAACUGAUGGAAUGCGCGUGUUUUUAUAACACAAAAACGAGUGUGUCGUCGACUUUUCAGCGUACGAACAGUGGCAUACAGUUUGAUCAUUGUGAAACCUCUCAAAGAAAUGUAUUUAUAGCAGUUCAGAAAAGAAUUUACUGUCGUUGUACACAUACCAUUAUUCAUGUCAAUAUAUUAUCCUAUAACCAACCUAUUGUCAGUUUAUACCUAAGGUACAGUUAACGGAGCUUUGGGUGACUAGCUUUGACAUGCACUUACCACAGACUGGUUAUCAAUGCAGUUGUAGGGAGUUAACCCUGUGUAUUUUACAUUGUUAACAUAUAAAAUAAACCUUUUUAAAUGGCGAUAUGUUUCUAUGGUGACCACAUACAUGCACACAAAACAAAACCACACCAUUCUGUCUCGCAUGCUCUUGCACUUUCUCAUGCAAACAGGAUCGGAUCAAACUGGAUCGGACUGAAUUGGGUUCUUUCGUUCGUCUUUCUGAUUGUGUGCCUUUGCUACUCUGGCAUAUUGAGUCCUCAUCUUCUCCUUUUGGGGCCUUUUUAAAGAAGAAUUAAAAAAAAAUAAUAAAUGAAAAAAAAAAAAAAAAAAAA